UGGUCUGCCCGCUGUGAUGCCCCUGAGCCGGUCUCGCAUCUGUCGUAUCACAUCUGUUUCAGUCUGUUUCUAAAACAAACAUGUCAUUGUAGCUCGUUCAUGACCACCCUCGCUCCUUGAUGAAAGUAGUGUCGCUGUGAGCAUGUUUGCUUCUCUGACACAAAUGGAUAACUCAGAGACCGGUCCAUCAUCGGAGCCCCUGGCGGCGCCGGACGGAGGCCUGGCGCAACCCUCAGCAACCUCCGGUCAGCUGACAGAGUCGGCCAGGUCCUCCAAGCACCGGGAUCACCGGGCCAAGUCUCCAAGGAGACGGCGGAAGGCGACGAGGACGCAGCGACGGGGGGAUAGUCAUGAACAGCUGCUCCGGGAGAUUGAGCGGCAGAGGUUGCCAGGCCAACCCGAGCACUUGGAGCCAUCCGGCACUGCGAGCGACACAGCGGAAAGCUCUCCUAAGAGGAGAGCCCACUUUCUACAUGGACCGUAUCCAGCCACUCACUUCGGACCCAAAGCCUGUAUUCUUCCCAACCCAACUUCAGUCAUGCACAUCCAGGACCCAGCCAGCCAGAGGCUCACCUGGAAUAAACCGCCUGUCAAUGUGCUUGUCAUCAGGAAAAUCCGAGAUGAGAGCCUCGUCGAGCCUUUCAAAGAGCUCUGCAGGUUUCUAGUGGAGGAGAAGCAGAUGAUGGUUUAUGUGGAGCGCAGGGUAGCAGAUGACGCCACCCUGUCAAAGGACGAGGCGUUUGGCUCCAUACGCAAUCAGCUCUGCACCUUCAGAGAGGGUUAUGAUGAUAUCUCUGACUGCAUAGACCUGAUCAUCUGUCUGGGUGGAGACGGGACUCUGCUCUACGCCUCCUCUCUCUUCCAGGGCAGCGUCCCUCCGGUUAUGGCGUUUCACCUCGGAUCCCUGGGUUUCUUGACGCCCUUCAAAUUUGAGUCAUACAAGACCGAAGUGGCCAAAGUGUUUGAAGGCAACGCAGCCAUCACUCUGCGCAGCCGUCUGAAGGUGAAGGUGGUGAAGGACAUGCUUCAGAGAACAGGCCAGCAGCCAAACAGCCGAGAGCCACAGCAGCAGCAAGAACACAACGGACUCCUUCCUCAUGGACACACCAACAACGAGGCCGGAAAGGUCACCCUGCAGCUACAGGUGUUGAAUGAGGUGGUGGUGGACCGAGGCCCAUCCUCCUACCUGUCCAAUGUGGACUUGUACCUCGAUGGACGGCUCAUCACCUCAGUGCAGGGAGACGGUGUGAUUGUGUCCACACCUACAGGCAGCACAGCAUAUGCAGCUGCAGCAGGAGCCUCCAUGAUCCACCCCAAUGUACCCGCCAUCAUGGUCACCCCCAUCUGCCCACACUCGCUCUCCUUCAGGCCCAUCGUUGUCCCUGCCGGGGUGGAGCUCAUGAUCACCUUGUCCCCUGAUGCCAGGAACACCGCCUGGGUGUCGUUCGACGGCAGGAAGAGACAGGAGAUCCAGCAUGGAGACUGCAUCAAAAUUACCACAUCUUGUUACCCAGUGCCCUCUAUCUGUUGCCAUGACCUAGUGUACGACUGGUUUGAAAGCCUGGCUCAGUGUUUGCACUGGAACGUACGCAAGAGGCAGGAGCGACUGGCAGACGUCUCCGACUCGUCAGACACCGAAAACUGAAUCAGCAGGUGCUUUUUCUGGCAGACGUUAAAGUCAGCGCUCUCCACAGCAGCAGGGAGAGUGACAGUGUUGAAACAUUUUUGACCCAUGAACACUGGACUGUGAAAGCGAUAGCAUGUGUGCAUACAGCAAUAUUAGCAUUACAUUAGCUGAUAAAUAGCAUGUUUAAUUACAGUAUUUUAUACAUUUGAGAAAGCAUCUCAUUACAUUCCAGUGCAAUCCACAAUUGUAUCUGUAGUAUACAGGGGAAAAGCAUGAUUCUCAAAUGGAAAAAUAUAUAUAUAUUGUUACUGAAAUGGUAACAAUAUUUUCAUAUUAUGAAAGAAUAUUCUGUUGUUUUAGAUGGAAUACCUCAUCAUCAAUGUGAUGCUCAGUGUGUAAGAUAUAAGCAUUACUGUCAUAAACUCUGGGGGAUUAUAGUGAGAAAAAACACUGAUAAGAAAUAAGAGUGUAAAUGUAAAUUUGUACAUACAAGAUUCAAGGAUACAUUAAUUUAAUGUCAUAUUUAUUUAGAUGGAAGCCUAACA